AUGGGAAUACAACUGAACCCGGGAAUAGUUCGCCACAUUCAUGUUAGGCAUAUACUGGGGAAGAUUAUGGACAAGUUAGCCGGUUGGAAGGGUAAGUUUCUAUCUUUUCAAGAUAGACUUGUUCUGAUUAGAUCUGUCAUUUCAAGAUAUGUUAUUCAUUCUAUGGCUGUAUACAAAUGGCCAUGUAACAUUAUUAAGCAGGUAGAGAGGGCCAUUAAAAAUAUUCUUUGGUCUGGUGAUGCUGAGAAAUGUAAGUAUUUUACGGUUCUAUAUGAUAACAUGUGUUGUUCAAGGUGUGAAGGAGGCCUAGGCACUAAGAAGUUGUUGGAUGUCAACAAGGCCAUGCUUAUGAAGUUAUGGGUUACUAUUCGGGACUCGAACAAGGUUUGGGAUCGAUUCUUGAUAGCCAAAUAUUUCAAAAUAAAUGGUAAUUUGAUCGAUCAUAAACUUGGUUCUUCGGUUUUCCCGGGAAUUCGGUUGGUUUACAAUUUUUUGCAAAAGCAUACUCGAUCUAUAGGUAAUGGCGCUAAUACUUCCUUAUUCUUUGAUAAUUGGUGUGGUAAUUUUUCGAUUGCGAAGAGAAUGGGUAUUAUUUCUAAGGGCCUUAAUGAUUUUAAGGCUAAGGUUAGUGAUAUUAUUGUUGAUGGUGCAUGGGUCAUUCCUCAAAAAACGAAGGACUUGAUGAUUCGGUGCAAUAUUGAUGUUGAAAAUAUGCCCCUUACUGCUUGUGGUAAAGAUUACAAGAUUUUGGAUUUGGAUCGCAAAGGUGUUUUUUCAGUUAAGUCUGCAAAGGCUGCUACUAGAACGCCUUUUGAGGUGCAGCCUUGUGCUGCUUUGUUUUCUAGGCCUGUUGUGCAUCCUACUUUGAGUGUACAAUAUUGGAAGAUUUGGGAUAAACAAUGUUGCGCAAGUGAAGAUAAUAUUAUCAAGAAGACUGGUAGGAGUAUGCCUACAAUGUGUCGUCUGUGUAGGGAGAAUGGCGAGUCUAUUAGCCAUAUUACUUGGCAUUGCAGGUUUGCUAGGAGAAUUUGGGCUUGGGAGACUAAUAUUUUUAACCUGCAGCCAAAUGAAGAAUUGGUGGCCUCUUACAAGGCUGCUAAAGGUCGAAGCAGGAUGAUAAAAGAUCUGUGGUUAGUUGCUAAUCUUGCAAUUGUCACGGAACUUUGGAAAUUGAGGAAUAAAGUAUUUUUUGAAGAUGCUCUGGUGCAGUGGCUUGGUUUUAAAGGACGAGUUUAUCAAGUAAUUCGUGAUAACUCAAUCAGAAUGAAGAGCCAUAUGUAUAACAAUAUGGAUGAGUUACGUAUCCUGAACUAUUUCAAGGUGCAACACAGAUCAUGCAGAGUUUCUGCUCCAAUCGAGGUUAGUUGGGAUCCUCCUGAUCCAUGUAAAAUUAUGAUUUUUUGUGAUGGUGCUUCUCUCAGAAAUCCAGACCAAGCGGGUGCUGGCGUUACUUUUCGUGAUGCAAAUGUUGCAGUGCUUAGUGUUCUUUGGGUUGGCCUUGGCUGGCAAACUAAUUAUUAUGCGGAAGUGUGUGCUAUAAUUUAUGGCAUGAUGCUAUCCAAGAGGUGGAAUGUGAGGAAUAUUUACGUGCAGUCGGAUUCGAUGAGUUGCAUUCAAUCUUCUCAUAAUGGUGUCUUGUCGUGGGAGUUAAUGCCGAAAUGGAGUCUUGCGAAGAAUUUUUACAAAAAUAUUCGUUAUGUUCAUAGUUAUAGAGAAGCUAAUUUUUCGGUUGAUGCUUUGUCCAAGCAAGCAUGUUUGCUGGCUGAAGAUAUCUUUGAGUUUUAUGAGGGGAGGCCAGGCUUUAUUCUAUCCGUAGAAUGGCCUGGCGUAGUUUAUUAUCGCUUUAAAUAG